UACUUCCUGUCAAUAUCGCAGCCUGAAGACGGUGAAAUGACAAGAACCUGACGAGAUUCUACACUGCUAACAACUUCAAGAUGCCCAGAGUAAUUCAGCCACUUGGUAAUUCUGAUGAACAGCGCAUCAAGAAGAAUUGGAGUUUUUUAAAAGCACAGCUACAACAAGAUGAAAUUAGGGACGCAUUUAUGGAUGAAGACAUCUGGGACCUCAAUGACUUUGAUGAAAUCGAUGCAAUGCCCACUCCCGAAAAAAAGAACGAAGUUUUUCUGAGGCUAUUAUUAAAGUCUGGUCCCAGGGCAUACAAAGUUUUUGUUGAUGCUUUGAAAGCAAAACAGUCUGAUCAUAUUACAGAUAGACUUGAUAAUACACCAAUUACAGAAAUACAACAGCCAGUGCAAGUGAACCGCUAUGCAGAACUCACAGAUGCUCAGAGAUCACUUUACCUCACGGAACAAAACCUUCUCAAAUUCAACAAAUGUUUUGGAAGUGAUGUAGAAAUAGUUGGGAAAGCUUUGCUCCUUACACAGUCUGAUAUUGAUGUUAUAAGAAUGGAAAAUCCAUAUUCUGCAAUCACUCAGAUUCAUAAAAUUAUUCUCAAAUGGAAAUACAGAAAUGGAAGAAAUGCAACUUUGGGAGAAUUAACCAGGUGUUUUAUGGAUGCCGAGAAUGCUGGGGCAAGAGUGGAUUGGGACAUGUUUGAUCAAGGUGUUAACUAUUUGACAGAGAACAUGUAGCUUAGCUUAGAAUAUUGAACAUUUCGCAGUAUUUAAGGACACAUGCAACGUACAUUACCUAUUAAUUUCAAACUAUACUGUUUAUGUCCUUAACCUAGUUGAACGUUUAAAAUAUCUCAAAUAUCAAUAAAUUAAAUACCAUGGAUAUGUUGAAGUGUGAUGAAAUCUUGUGUUUUUUCUAAAUGUACUUUUACAUUUACAUCUUGUCUGUUUUUCUCAGUUCCAUUAAGUUUGAGAUAAUGAGAUUUAUGUGUAGAUUAAACAUGUUAUGUAUAAUUCUUCUCAUACUGGAUUGACUAAUAAUUUCAUAGAAUACAGAAUUCAAAAAAAAAAACAAACUUUUAUUUGAACAAAAAGAUGAUUGAAAUUCUACCAAGGAAUUUAUAGUAGACUUUACAUAACUUCAUGCAUUGAUCCUUUGGGAAGAUAACACAAGUUUGUAAACUAUUACUCAAAACUUUGUCAUAUUUUUAAGAAGUUGGACAAAAUGUUAUGUAGACAUAAAAUCUAAAAGAUGAUUUUGCUUUUUAUUUGGAGGGGAUGGGGUAUAAAAAAUGAUCACAGUCUCAGAAAUUGGACUUUAAAAAAAUAGAAAUAAUAGAAAUGAAAUAAGGGCACAAAGUUAAGUCUUUACUCUGUAUAUAUAUGAACAUCUUUGAAGAAAAACUGUAUAUUGUAUUGUAUGAACUAGAAUAUACUCAUGAGUAUCAUGGUGUGCAAUUUUUUUUAAUUCAACCAGUAACAAGAAAUGAUGUUUGGAUUUUGAACAGUUAAUUCUCAGAUUAUUCUUUGAUAUUUCCUAUAUCUUUGAUAUGUACUUUAUCCUUAAAGGUAAUUAAAUGUUUGGCAUCCUUUGUUUGCUAUGCUUUUAGAUAAAGAACCAUUAUUAAUUGCAUGUCUCUUCAUAUUGGUGACUAACAGAUCAAAUCUAAAUGAUCAUUCCAAGAAUCAGUAUUUUUAGCCCUUGAAUUGUUGAUAGGAUUUCUGAGUUAAAUAUCUUUGCUAUCUUUGUAUUUUUCAUUUCUUUUUAAAAAACUUAAUAUCAAAUAAGUUAUUUGCUCUUUUGGUGUUUGUUAGGCCUAUUCUGAAUACCUAAAGAAUAUUUUGUGAGAAGAAGUAGUUUGAGAUCCGUCUGCAUUGGCCAAUUUUCCUGCAAGUUAUAGCCCUUUGACUUUGAAAAAUUCUUGUUAAAUUUUUGUCUUCCAAACAUUAUUUUCGGGCUGUGUAGGACAGUGCAUGGUGAGUUGAUUUUUUAUGAGUAAACUUUUAUUGAUGAAUAGCAGGAUUGAGUUUAAAUUCUAGGUUAAUUUUACCCAUUCUAACAAAAGUUCUGAAUAAAUGCUUUUUUUAAUGUUCACACUUUUUCAUUUUUUUAAUUGUUUAUGUAGAUUAUGAUUUGAAUUUAGUUAGUACUUCUAGAAAAAUGACAUAGAGAUCGAUUGUCUUUUUUAUGAAUAUUGUCAACUUUCAAUUUUCACAUCUAUAAUGAAGAUUUUUAUUGGCUCUUCUAUCGCAGAGAUUUAUAAAUGAUGUAAAUCAAAUUACCUUUAUGGAG